CCUCCACCGCCACGGCCGCGACCUCCACCACCUCCGCCGAAACGGCCUAAAACGCGUAUGAGCGACAUUGACCAACAACACAUAUCAAUAUACACUUACUGCGACCUCCACCGCCGCCGCCAAACAUCGACAUCUCCUCGAGUUGAGGCGGCACGUUUGCCUUCGCCUCACGGAGGAUACCAAUCAGUUCACGAGCGCACUUGGCGUUGUCCGUGGUGAAGUACGUGUACGAUGUUCCCUUCAUACCAGCACGCUACAAGGUCCAGUCAGUACGCGCGCGCAAGACCCACAAAUCUCUCCUACAUACCCCAGUACGACCGAUACGGUGGAUGUAGUCUUCGCAGUUGUUGGGAAAAUCAUAGUUCUGAUAAGGACUACGAUCAGCGGAAACCAGGCAAAGCAGAGAGCGACACGUACCAAGACAUAGCCGACGUCCUUCACGUCUGCACGUGCAACAAAGCCAGCAGACCCGAAGAGACACAAACCGUGAAAGGGACGCACGGUCGAACAGGGAGCGAUGGACGGGACAUGAAAGAAGACACAGACAUGGUCAGAAAACACAACACGGCACGAACGCAGAGCACAAGCGCUCGACAGCAACAUCCGCAGACUGGUCCCAGGUCUCCUCAACCGCGGCUGCAGCUGAGGUCUCAACGUCCGAGCUAUCGACAGGCAAGUCUUGUACGCGCUAACCCCAGUGUUGAAGGCGAGCGAACUUUGGUCCUUAGAUUCCGCUGCUCGAGUCCAUAACCACUACCAUUUACCAUACGAAGAGCAGUGUUCACUGUUCGUGUCAGGUCAGACCAUGUACGUCACGCAACCCAGAGGAAGCAGCGUAGUCAAGGUCCGGUGGGUAGGUCAGAGGGA